CCUACCAACCAGGUGCGGUACAAGGGCCUCUGUGAGCAUGGGUUAUACACACUUCCUUCCAAACUCCCAACCGUUGCGUAUCAAGCUAUCCAAGAGUCCACUUGGCAUCGUAGACUCGGUCAUCCAGCUCCUGCGAUUGCCAAAUCUAUUUUGUCUUCCUUAGGUUUUCAGUUUUCAGAGCCUUUACAUUGUGAAUCAUGUUAUGUCUCUAAGUCCUGUCGUUUACCUUUUGAAUUGUCUGAACAUAAGGCCACAGCACCCUUUCAAUUAAUACAUUCUGAUGCUCACAUGCUNGCUCUUCUACUCUCAUCUCAGAAGUUACUCAGGCCAUGCACCGUGACUUCAAGCUCAAAGAACUUGGACCUCUUCAUUACUUCCUUGGCAUUGAGGUUCAGCGCACGCAAGAUUCUAUACUUCUCCAUCAAUCCAAAUAUGCCCGUGAUCUUCUACGCCGAGCUGGGAUGUCCGACUGUCAUCCGGCUAUUACUCCUAUGGCUACGAGACCUAUCACUAAGCCUUCGUUGUCUUUCAAGGAUAUUUCUCAUUUUCGGAGCAUUGUUGGCGGUUUACAUUACUUGGCUGUAACUCGUCCAGACAUUCAAAUUGGUCAGAGAUUCCUACCAAAGAGGUCUAGUGCGUACUCGCUAACGUACGCGUUUUCAACGCCAGUCCACCAUUUCAGAUCAGCAGCUCCUUUUAACCCCCCCCCCCCCUUUUAUUUCCUGCCGCCGGUGUCUGAUCCCAAGUCUCGCCGCCGGAUUUCCCUUCAAUCGAACUAUAUUAUUUACAAGGGCAAGAUAACAAGGAAUAGAACCAUGAGUUGCUUUGGGUGUUGCGAGAAUGAAGAUGACAUGAAAAGGAUUCCUGAUAAUGGAAAUUACAUGCCACAUAGCUCAGCAGGCCCUAUAGGUCAACAUGCGACUGAAAGUGCACAAAGAGAGACACCGCCGGUGAAUGUCCUCCCUAUUGAUGUCCCCAAGAUCUCAUUUGAUGAGUUGAAAGAAGUCACUGACAAUUUUGGCUCAAAUGCUUUGAUUGGUGAGGGGUCUUAUGGAAGGGUAUAUUAUGGUCAACUUAAAAUUGGCCGAAAUGCAGCCAUAAAAAAGCUGGACUCAAGUAAGCAGCCUGAUAGAGAGUUUUUAGGACAGGUUUCCAUGGUAUCAAGACUUAAACAUGAAAAUGUGGUUGAGUUACUCGGUUACUCUGUGGAUGGUGGUCUUCGUAUAUUAGCCUAUGAGUAUGCUCCAAAUGGAUCGCUUCACGAUAUUCUCCAUGGGCGAAAAGGUGUGAAAGGUGCGCAGCCAGGUCCAGUGCUGACAUGGGCCCAAAGAGUGAAGAUUGCUGUUGGAGCUGCCAAGGGACUCGAAUACUUGCAUGAAAAGGCUCAACCUCAUAUCAUUCACCGUGAUAUAAAAUCAAGCAAUGUCCUGCUCUUUGAUGAUGAUGUUGCUAAGAUUGCAGACUUUGAUUUAUCAAAUCAAGCCCCUGAUAUGGCAGCACGUCUUCAUUCCACCCGUGUUCUCGGGACUUUUGGCUAUCAUGCACCAGAAUAUGCAAUGACUGGUCAAUUGAGUUCCAAGAGUGACGUUUAUAGCUUUGGUGUCGUUCUUCUUGAACUGCUAACUGGACGUAAACCUGUUGAUCCUAGUCUUCCUCGUGGACAGCAGAGUCUUGUAACAUGGGCCACACCAAGGCUGAGCGAAGAUAAAGUAAAGCAGUGUGUUGAUGCUAAACUGAAAGAUUGCUGCCCUCCAAAGGCCGUUGCGAAGAUGGCUGCAGUUGCUGCAUUGUGCGUGCAAUAUGAAGCCGAUUUCCGGCCAAACAUGAGCAUUGUGGUCAAAGCUCUUCAGCCUCUAUUGAAUCCUCGAUCCGGGCCUUCCACUGAACCACCACCAAACAAGAUGUGAAUCCUCUUCCUUCUCUAUAUCCCCCUGCUGACCAAAAGCUUCUCCCCCUCCCCCGUUUAUUAUCAUACUUCGAAUAUAAGAAUGAUUCAAUCUGGUUGUGUCAUUUGUGUCUGGUUUUUGCCAUUUUGAUGCAUAUAGUCGUUAUGUAGAUGCACAGACCAAAACUGCAUCGCCGUCAUUCCUCUUAGAUUGUGAGUAUUGUGUAUCUAUCUUAUAUCAACAAACCAGUGAAGUUUGUAUGAACUGAGAGCAUCAAACCUUAAUUCAGUAAAUCAUCUCUCCUAAU